AUGUCCGGCUUACAGAUUUUGGCAUUAAUAUUUUGCAUUUCUGGCACUGGAGCAGUAAUCGGUGCAAUUGUAUCAAAUGAAUGGAAGGUGACCAGCAGGGCGAGCUCUGUGAUUACCGCCACUUGGGUGUUUCAGGGCCUGUGGAUGAAUUGUGCUGGGAAUGCCCUGGGCUCAUACCACUGCCGUCCUCACUUCACCAUCUUCCGUGUAGAAGGAUUUGUGCAGGCCUGCAGAGCGCUCAUGAUUGCAGCUAUAUGUUUGGGAUUCUUUGGGACAAUAUUUGCACUUACUGGCAUGAAGUGUACAAGGAUAGGAGGCACUGACCAAAUGAAAGCUAAAGUUGCCUGUGUAGCUGGAGUACUCUUCAUAUUCUCAGGUACAUGCUCCCUGACUGCUUGCUCUCUCUAUGCCCAUAAAACCACCUCUGAAUACUUUGACCCAACACUCGUAUCGGCAAAAUAUGAGUUGGGGGCAGCACUGUUUGUGGGGUGGGCUGGAGCUCUGCUCUGCAUGGCUGGAGGAUUUAUGUUUUGCUGCACGGUUUCAGCUGGAAGCAUCUUUCCAAGACCAUCUUAUCCCUAUAAUGCUGCAGCACCAUACAAUAUGAGUUCACGGACUAAAUCCAAAGUGGCGACCAAACUCAUGAGCCUUCAAGGAUCCUCUCAGGGAUAUAAUAAAAACUCUUAUGUUUAA